AUGGAUGGUGAUGCUAGUAAGGAAGGAUCUGGUGCAGGACUCAUAUUGACCAACCCCGAAGAUAACAAAGUAACUCAUGCAUUGCGUUUUGACUUUGAAACAUCUAAUAAUAAAGUUGAAUAUGAGGCAUUAUUGUCAAGGUUAAGGAUAGCGUGCAAAAUGGAAGUAAAAAACUUGAGAGUAAUGAAUGAUUCAAUGCUAGUCACAAAAAAGGUCAAUGGAACAUAUGACAUGAAGAAUACAAGAAUGAAAAAGUAUGUGGCGGAUGUAAGCGAGAUGGCAGCAUCAUUCGAAAGCUUGAUCGUGGAGCAAAUCAAAAGAAGGGAAAAUAGAUGCACGGAUGCGUUGAUCAAACUGGUAGCUACCACAUACAGCCACUUUUCAAAAAAGGUAUUAUUAGAAAUACUUAGCAGUCGCAUCAUAGACGAAUCCUGA